UUGUUUCUUGUUUUAAAUGUCCAAGUAGAGGUACGGUAACAGUGGGAUUACCACCAGAUUGGGUUGAUGUAUCUGAGGAGAUUUCAGUUAACAUUCAGCGUGCAAGAAUCAAAAUGGCUGAAUUGGGAAAAGCUCAUGCGAAAGCUUUGAUGCCUUCGUUUGGGGAUGAUAAAGAAGAUCAACAUCAAAUCGAGUCUUUGACACAAGAGAUUACUUUCUUAUUGAAGAAAUCUGAGAAGCAACUUCAGAGGCUUUCUGCUGCUGGACCUUCUGAAGAUUCAAAUGUUAGGAAAAAUGUCCAGCGAUCACUUGCUACUGAUCUCCAAAACCUUUCUAUGGAGCUUCGUAAGAAACAGUCUACAUAUUUGAAACGCUUGAGACUGCAAAAAGAGGACGGGACGGAUUUAGAAAUGAAUCUGAACGGAAACAGAUAUAAAGCAGAAGAUGAUGAUUUCGAGGAUAUGGUAUUUAGUGAGCAUCAAAUGAGUAAGAUAAAAAAGAGUGAGGAAAUAUCGGUAGAGAGGGAGAAAGAGAUUCAACAGGUUGUUGAAUCCGUAAAUGAACUUGCUCAGAUCAUGAAGGAUCUAUCCGCGCUUGUGAUAGACCAGGGUACCAUAGUUGAUCGGAUUGACUACAAUAUCCAGAACGUUGCUAGUACAGUUGACGAUGGUCUCAAACAGCUGCAAAAGGCGGAACGUACACAGAGACAAGGAGGAAUGGUGAUGUGUGCGUCAGUUCUUGUCGUCCUCUGCUUCAUCAUGCUAGUACUCUUAAUCCUAAAGGAAAUUCUCUUGUGACCCAAGGAAAAGUGUGAUAAUUCAUUCUUUAAUUCUUUUGAAACGCGAUCACCACAUUUUUGCGAUACUGAGUGUUCGUUCUGUAUCCUCAUAUGGUCUGAAGAAAAAAACGAACUGUGUUGUCUCUCUUCCUCGGUGGCUUUUGCUGCAGCCUGCGGCUUCUUCUGCUAUUAUUCUUCACUUCUUACGGCGUUUACAUAGAUGGACAUCAUCACUUUUGUAUUGAGUGUUUGUAACUUGGGUUUUGACGAGUUUAUAAUGGUUUAUUUACAUGUAAAGAUGAUAUUAAUGAUGAUUCUUGAGGAUCUAUGGACAGAAUAUAAUAUAAAUGUAAGGUUUGUUCCAGAA